AUGGUAAACUUAGAAACCGUAACACUGCUCUUCGCAGCCACCACCACCCUCGCAGACCCUCCACCGACCCGACCCCUCCGCCCCAUCACCCUCUCCCGCACUGGUGGCUUCAACAUCGGCGGCAAAAUCCUACCCCACCCCGUCCUCCCCAAUGAAACCCUCUCUUGCGAUCAUGGCUACCUCGAAUACUUCAUCCCCUGGCGCCCCCGCAAAACCUCUCUCGUAAUGUGGCACAGCUCCUCGACCCAAGUCUGGCAAAACCGCUGGGACGGCGGCGAAGGCUACAAAGACAUGUUCCUCAGGCGCAACUACCCCGUCUGGCUUUGGGACGGGCCGCGCGUGGGCCGCGCAAACUGGGCGUGCGAGCCCACAUCGUACACCCCCAGUUUCACAUCCGACCACGCGAAUUUCGCGGCCUGGAAUUUCGGUCCCAGGUACAAGCAGUGGUGGCCCGAUGUCCAGUUUCCGACCACGAACGACACGGCGUGGCAACAGGCGACGAGUAAUCGCUACGUCGAGUAUGAUACCAAGGCGAACGUGGAGCUGCAUUCCGAUGCUGCGGCCAUUGCGGCGGAUUCGGGCAAGAUUGGGAAUAAUAUCGUUUACCUGACCAAUUCCGCGGGAGGCUUGCGGGCGAUGAUGACCACGACGAAGGCGAAUGGGACAAAUAUCAAGGGGAUUGUUACGUAUGAAUCUAUCGGGUAUGUCUUCCCGGAUAAUGUGAAUAUUACCGCUGGGACGGGUGGCUUUGGUCCAUUUGUGGUGCCGCUGGAGAAAUUCAAGAAGCUCGCGAAGGUGCCCGGAAUUCAGUUCAUCUGGGGAGACCAUCGGCCGGAGAACCAUACGAGCGUGAUGGAGAGUAGGUUGUGCGCCAGUUUGAUCAACAAGUACGGAGGCAACGCGAAGGUGGUCAAGUUGGGCGAAUUGAGGGGUUUGAAGGGGAGUACGCAUAUCCCGUUUGCGGACUUGAGUAAUGGGAGGGUGGCGGCUUUGCUGGAUGAGUUCCUGGAGGAGAAUGGAUUGGACGAGUAUGAAGAUGGGGAUGACUGGAAUUGA